CUCUUCCUCUGUCACGCAUCUUUGGACCUUUGUCGUUCAUGAUGUGGCCCUUGGCGAUAUCUGCCUCGGUCCUCUCUAUGCGACUUCGAUGACUCUCCCUACGCUGGAGCUCCCGCCGAGCUCUUUGGCUGACAUAGAGAUCGCUUCUCCAGAGUCGGCAAUUGACUCUGGAAGUGCCUACUAUUCUCCGCCAUGGGCAAACACCUCCAUCAUUGGCAUUGCCGGCAGCUCCGGAUCAGGCAAGACUUCGUUGUCUGUUGCAAUCAUCCGUGAGCUGAGCUUGCCAUGGGUCGUCAUUUUGUCGAUGGAUAGCUUCUACAAGCCAUUGACCGCGGAGCAAUCCGCUGCUGCAUUCAGAAAUGAAUACGAUUUUGAUUCGCCCGAGGCAAUCGACUUCGACGUAUUGGUCGAGAAGCUGAGGGAUAUCAAGUCUGGUAAAAAAGCGGAUAUCCCUGUCUACUCGUUCGAGAAGCAUUCCCGCCUCGAUAAAUCCACUACAAUCUACUCUCCACACGUACUGGUCCUCGAAGGAAUAUUCGCUCUGCACGAUCAGAGAGUCCUCGACAUGUUGGAUGUGAAAAUCUUCACCGAAGCCGAUAGUGAUCUCUGCCUAGCUCGCCGACUCGUGCGCGAUAUCAAAGAGCGCGGCCGAGAUCUUGAAGGUUGCGUGAAGCAGUGGAUGUCAUUUGUCAAGCCGAACUUCACCAAGUAUGUCGAGCCACAACGAAAUGUCGCUGAUAUUAUCGUACCGCGAGGCAUCGAGAACAAAGUGGCCAUCGGCAUGGUCUCGGACAGAAUUCACAAGACCUUGAGAGAAAAGUCGAUACAGCAUCAAUCCGAACUUCGUCGCCUCGGACGCGUCGCGGAAGUGACCCCUCUUUCUCCAAACGUGAUAGAACUGCCUCAAACAAACCAAGUCAUGGGCAUCACGACACUCCUGCUCAGCCCACUCAUCAGCCGUGAAGAAUUUAUCUUUUAUUUCGAUCGUCUCACAGUCAUGCUGAUCGAGAAGGCCUUCGAGGAGGGACUCUGUUUCAGUCCCCACAUUGUAUCCACGCCUGCCGACAAUGCCUAUUCUGGGCUUCAGCAUUCUGGCGAGAUAUCGGCAGUCGUAGUCCUCCGCGGCGGCAGCACGCUCGAGACCGGUCUCAAGCGUGUCGUCCCCGAUUGCCGUACAGGUCGUCUUCUGAUCCAGACAAACUUUCGUACUGGCGAGCCUGAAUUACACUACACUAAGCUGGCUUCCGAUAUUGCCGAACAUCGUCGCGUCUUUUUACUUGACUCAGAAAUGAGUAGUGGUGGGUCGGCGCUGAUGGCUGUUCGUGUGCUCCUCGACCAUGGCGUCGCUCAGGAGCGGGUCGUCUUCGUGACUUACUCUGCGGGAAAGAUGGGCCUCAACCGGCUGAUGGCUGUUUACCCAAACAUCAAGGUCGUUCUGUGUAACAUAUCUACCGACAUGGAACCUCGAUGGAUUGAGGAGCGCUACCUAGGGUGCUGA